AGCAGAGAGCACAGCAGAGCAGAUCAGACACCAAAAUCUUUUCCCUGGCUGCUCUCUUUUCCAUGUGAAUGAAAGGUGUCAAAAGAACUUAGUAACAUGCUCGGACCGCAGUGCUUACCAUCUUUACGGGGAGCUUUGUUAUCACUAUUAUUAUGGGCCGUUAUUUUUUUGCCAUUGCUGAAACCCGGGACAGCUGGUGUACCAGGUGUGCCCAUGUACCCCUUGAGACAACUUUGUAAGUUCUGUGAUAAACAAAGUUCUUCCUGCAAUGGCAAAGAAAGCUGCAUGUCCGACUGCUCUAUUACGUCCAUCUGUAUUUUCCUUGAUGAAGUCUGUGUUGCUAUCUGGAGAAAGAAUGAGACGGGAUUCUCUGUGGAAACUCUUUGCCACCAUCCGUCCAUGCUGCUGUAUGGUAUCAUGCUGGACGACUACAACAGCUCCACCUGUGUGAUGAAGGAGAGGAACUCAACAAGUGGGAUGGUACACAUCUGCUCCUGCUCAGAAGAAGAGUGCAAUGACAAAAUGGUGUUCGCUCCCAAAGUAGAUCAAACCAUGGGUGAUUCCUUGAUGUCCAUAAUUCUGAUGAGCCUCUUUCCCCUCAUUUUGAUGGGGAUUUUGGUUGCUGCAAUGUUCUACUGGUACCGGUACGUUUAUCGGCGCCACCAGCUAAACAGAAAAUGGGACAGCAGCAUUAAAAUGCGUAAGCCAAAAGCAGGUGGGCUGGACUGCAGUGAUGCCUGUGCCAUUAUGGCGGAUGACGAUGGUUCUGACAGCAGCUCGACUCACGCUAACAACCUGAAUCACAACACGGAACCACUGCCUAUAGAGUUGGAUCUGCUGGUGGGUAAGGGCCGCUUUGCUCAGGUAUACAAGGCUAAGCUAAAGCAGACGAGUUCAGAUCAGUUUGAAACUGUUGCUGUGAAGAUCUUCCCCUUUGAGGAGUAUGCCUCCUGGAAGAAUGAAAAGGACAUCUUUUCUAACACAGACCUCAGACAUGAGAACAUCCUCCACUUCCUGACAGCUGAGGAGAGGAAGGAAGAGAAACAGUACUGGCUCAUAACUGCCUUCCACCCCAGAGGAAACCUCCAGGAGUACUUGACACGUCAUGUCAUCAGCUGGGAAGAGCUGCAAACAUUGAGCAGCUCUCUGGCCAAUGGUGUUGCCCACCUUCACAGUGACUGGCUUGCAUGUGGACGCCCUAAGGUGCCCAUAGUUCACAGAGACCUGAAGAGCUCCAACAUCCUGGUAAAGAAUGAUAUGACUUGCUGCAUAUGUGACUUUGGCCUGGCGCUCUGUCUGGAUAGCAGCCUGUCAGUGGAUGAUCUUGCCAACAGUGGGCAGGUGGGCACUGCACGCUACAUGGCCCCUGAGGUCUUGGAAGCCCGGCUAAAUCUGGAGAACAUUGAGUCUUUUAAGCAGACCGACAUUUACUCCAUGGCUUUGGUCCUGUGGGAAAUAACAUCAAGAUGCAAAAUCAUAGGAGUUGAGUAUCAUCUCGGUCUGGGUGGGAUCGUCAAUGAGGUGAAGGACUAUGAGCCAGCGUUCGGCUCAAAAGUGCGAGAGCACCCCUGUGUGGAGAGCAUGAAGGACAAUGUGCUGCGAGACAGAGAGAGACCUGAGAUCCCCGACAGCUGGCUCAGGCAUCAGGGCAUAUUGGUUAUCUGCACAACAAUCAAGGAAUGCUGGGACCACGACCCUGAAGCCCGUCUCACAGCUCAUUGUGUGGCUGAGCGUCUCUCUGAAAUUGAGGACGAGCCAGAGAAGCUGUCCAGCCGCAGUUCCUCGGCAGAGAAGAUCCGGGAGGAGCUGAAUGGCCCCAUAGCCAUGGAGAUCCCUGAGGAGGAAGUGAAAAUAAAUGAAAUCCAGAACAUCAUAGCUGUGGACUGCUCUGUGAGCGACAAGCAGUAAGACAAGGAUUUACAUCUCUGUAGACUCCUUCAGAGGCCCUUUCAAGUGGUCUAGUUUGAUAGGGCUGAUGGUGAUUUUGAAGAGCUGAGCUCUUGCAGGACAUUUGGUCACCAUAUUAACUUUGGCUCAGCAGAACAAGCCGAGGUAAAUAUUAUGGUCCUAAUGGAUUCUACAAUGUUAUAACACAUUGUGAUAACCUAGAAAGAUGCAGAUCCAAAAAAUAUGGCUGGAAACACUCCAAAGGUGUUUUUGAGAAUCCAGAGCCUGACAGGCUGUUUUCUACAUGGGAAAUAAAAAGGGUAAUUUGACCCAACAGGUUUCACAUUACAGAUUAUUAUCAUUACUUCACAUUACAGAUGCCCAUCAUUUCCAAUGGUUUAUGUAUUUCUUUCAUUUAUUUGCCUUAAAGUGCCUUUUUUUGCUGUGUAGUUUGAGCCAGAAUAUCAUAGAAGUGGCCUUAUUCAGCAGAGUCCAUCCUUACCAGCCAGUUAAGGAGAACAGAUCCAUUUAUGUGUCUUUCUGUUUGAAUGUAAAAUUUGUUUGUACUUACUCACAUGUUAAGCGUGUUUUAUAAAUAAAAAAACAAAACGUACACCAUGCAUAGGAGACCGUAAGUUUGCAUAAAUAACCAAAACAGGAAAGUAAUUUUAUUUUGCUUAUUUCCAAUGCAGAGAAAAAAACCUUAAAAUCUUAAAAUAGUGUUUGUCUUUAUCAACAAGCAGUUUUACCCUGCUGUACAGUAUGUGGCACAAGAUAUUAUAACUGUUGUAUGAAUUAAAGAUACUUACAUAUA